AUGCCGGAUCUGCAUUCUCUCCCCACGGGAUCCCGACCCGAGAACGCAAUCCGCAACAAUGGGCCCGACGAGCUAGUUCUCGAGCGCUACAAGCUCCGCGAGCUCGCCGAGGGAUGGCCUUGCUAUCGCGACGCCUGCGAAUGGGAGAACCUGAAAUCCAUCUUCCACCCCUCGGCCUACAUCUACACGACCUGGACGGGGCGCACGCACCAUCUAGACUUCAUCGCCGGGUCGCAGGCCGGCAUGGACCGCGGCGCGUUCAUCAUGCACCGCUGCCACGGCGUGACCAGUGACAUCGCGCCGUCGGGCCUGCUUGCCGUGACCAAGAUGAAGGCCACGAUCACGCAGCGCUUCGUGCUGGACGGCUGCGCCGUCGACGCCGAGAGCGAUUGCCGCUUCUGCUUCUUCUGGCGCAAGGAGACUGAUGGCCCGCUGCAAGGCCAGUGGCGCGCACGUUUUGUCCGCCAUUGGUAUGAGAAGGAUAAGCUGAUUCCUGUGGAUCCGAGGAGGGUUCCGGAGCUGGAUGAUGAGAGGCUGAAGGGUUAUCCAAGCGGAUAUAGGUAUCUGGCGUAUUGUCAGGAGGCGACGAUGGGCGUAAAGGUUAUGUUGGACAUGCCUGGCCAUAGAAGGGAGCCGGAGACAGAGUCCGGGAAAAAACAUGAUCUAUUGUAUUGGCAGUGUAAAAAGUGGCUCGAGGGGGAGGAGGUUGAUCUUUAA